AUGGAUUUGCAUCUAAACGACGAUUGGGCUACCUCUGCUGUCUUUUCGCCAUCUCUUGCCCGCCAGCAGCAGCAUCAAGCAAAGGAAUGGAGCUAUAUCGAUCAAUGGCUCCAGGCAAAAUAUCACCCACGGCCGGUCCCUCCGUUCGAAAGGAACAUGGACACCCUGAGGGCUCUGACUGCCUUAGCUGCUGCAAACGAAGCUGCCGACGAGGAGAGAGCUUCGCAGCUCGAAUUCAAGCAGAAUAUCCUAAGUAGCUACAGACCAAAGCGUCCGGACGAUAAAAUCAUCCGUAUUAGAGAAGGCCUGAAUCGAGAUGCCGGCAAGGCCUUGGACUCUGUGGCUAGUGCCAGUGUCAAGCUUGGUGCUGAUUUGGGCAACGUAUCACAUGAUUUAAGAAACCGGGAGGCGCUGUUGUAUCUGACAAAAGAAGAAUGCCAAAUUGAGCACUCGAUCCUUCCUGAGGAGCAGACUCUUAAGACCCUCGUUGCCGAUAUUCAGGAAGCAGAGGAGUCUCUUCGCAAAUUCCACAGCGAGGCAUAUGAGACUCCCAAAGAUCUCCCAGCCAAGCUUGCUGAGUGGACACGGACCAUAAAGAUCCUACAGCAGAAGUCCGCUGAAUAUAAAGACCGGGCUACUUCCUUGCAGAAUGCAUAUCGGAGAAACCCACCCAGAUAUACUAUUGAGAAUUUGGUUGAGCUGGAAAAUGAGAUCCUCGAGCUCCAGGAUCAUGUGCGAAGCCUGAAUGGUCAAGUAAAGGCAUACACUCUCCUACCGCCUGACCCUAAGGCUGCUCAACGCAAGAUCGAGGAAGCCAAGGAGGAACUUGAAAUGUUGAAAUCCCAAAGAGAAGAGCUGUACCAGGGUCUGGCACGUUCUUGA